AAAAAACAGACAAAGAGACAAUGGCGAAGCCCUCAGAUACUCAACUCCCAGACAUAGUCUCUUCCUCUACAACAAUUGCCAAGGAAAUUCCUUCUCAACAUGUGUCGGUGGUAACAAAUUUCCUACGAAACGUGGGAGUCUCUGAUCCCGUCCCUGAUAAUUGCAAUACCAAGGACUUCUACUCCGACCUGGUUCGCAGCUUCCUCAAGCCAGACCGGGUCCUACGUGGCCGAGUCACCUGCAUCCUCACCAUCAAACCUGCUUUCAUUAAUGUCUAUGGUUCAUUUCAUGGAGGGGCUGUUGCGGCUGUUGCUGAGAUGGUGUCAAUAGCUUGUGCCAAAACUGUGGUGGCCGAGGAUAAGGGACUUUCUCUAGGGGAAUUGAGCAUUUCAUAUCUCUCUGGUGCUCCAAUGAAUGCAGAGGUGACAGUUGAUGGCUCUGUAGUGAGGAGUGGAAGAAAUUUGACUUUAGUUGCAGUGGAGUUCAAGCUCAAGAAAACAGGGCAGUUAGUCUAUACUGCUCUUGCUACCUUCUACAACAUGCCCAUUGCCAAGUUAUGAAGUGUUGUGGUUUCGACCAAUUCGAAAUUUGUCCAGUUUAGAUCUCUACCUGUAAACGUUUUUCUGAAUCUAAGUAUAUAUUUUAUAUGCAUUUUCCAAUGUAUAAUUGGGGUCAGAACAAACUGGUUUACAUAAGGCUGAAGAGGUCCAGAGGAUCAUUUUCCACCCAAAGGGGGAAAAGCAUUCAAGUACUAAAAUAAUUGAGGUAUGCUAUUUUGUAUUC